AUGAUCAAUGGGCCAGUGAGUUGUCAGACUUUUCCAGAGCUGGUGUUGCAAGUUGUUGAGCUUAGACUGAUCAGAUCAGAAAGGGACAUUAUCGUCUACGGCAAGAACAAUAUCCCAAUGCUUCCCCCCUGGACCUCCAAAGAGAUAUGGAAAACUGCCAAGAUGAAGUACUUGACCCAAGGAUACCCUUCACCUGUUACCUUCAUGGUCGCGAGAUCACAGACACCUCGGUCUUCAUCAUUCUGUUUGCAAAUCCAGGGGUGGAACAAACAUACUCAGCCCACUGCUACAGACCACCCCUACUCAGAUGUUAGCACAGUUGGCAGAUGCAUCUUCUCCUACACACUCACUGCUGCUGGCACUGGCAUCUCCCAUCCACGGGCUGGCAUUGGCAGCACAUUUGCUAGAUCUGCACAAAUGAGGCCUAUUCUCCAUGGUGCAUUGGGUCUGGAUGUCACUGUGCAAGCAGUAGACAAUCUUGUUACUGCAGAGGACUCAGAAAUAGUCCUUAAGGCACUACAGCAUGCAUGGGCCACCAGCUUGCUUUCAUGGAUGUCGGGGCAAAGUCACCAUGACCAGCCCCAGACAGAAGGCUACUACUUCACACCCAUCUUCAUCCCUUCAUCCCUGGAGGGGUUAACCCUACCAAGAGCUGAUAUUGCCCCACCUUCGACCCUGCAUAAGGUGUUGAUGGCUAUGCAGCCGUUUAUAGUCACUUUCCCACCUGGUACUAUAAAUCCCAGACUACUCUCAGCACACAUGCCUGCAGGGUAUGAUUUUGGUGAAGACUUAGAAUUCUCUCAAUGGCACACUGCAGACACUAUGCCCGAAAAUGAAAGUACUUCCUCCAGGCCUACUGCCCUCUAUUCCACUCCCACCCUGACAAACCCCAUGAGCUAUGGGAAAGGCAUCAGUGGUGGAUGCGCUACUGCAUUUAGCAUCUUUCAUCCAACCAUCAAAAUUCCCUUGGAUGAGCUCCUGGGAGAUGAGUACAAAGACAAUCAAAUAGCUGACACACCUUCUGAGGACACCAAAGAAGACGGAAAUGACCAAGGCGACAUCGACAUACACUACAAUUGA